AUGAAUAAUUCUGAUAUCGAAAAACUUAUUGAAAAUUAUGAAGAUGAUCAAUAAGUUGAAAACAAUCAGCCUGUUACUCUUGAUUUUAAUUAGGAUAGACAAGGUCAAGUCCCUCAACAACAUCGAUUUUCAUCUUCUAAAUUUAGGGAAAGAUUAUCAUCUAUAGAUCCUCUAAAUUGGGCAAAAAAUAUUAAGAUGCCAUAAAAUAAUUAUUAUUCUUAUCCAUGUAGUCUAUAGCAGGCUGAGCUACAUAGAUAAUGUCAUUAUAUUUAACCAGAUUAAGAAUUUCUUGAUAAAACUGAUGCUUAAGAAUGUCCUUGUUGCAAGUAAUAUGAUGUCAUUUAUUUUAGUAAACCAUUAAACAGAAAACGUAUUAAUUUCCUUACAGUCAACAUGUGGUAAUUAUUAGUUGAUGAUUACGGCAUAGCUGCACCUUUAUAUUUUACUUUUCUUAAAUUUUAGAUGGCCUUAUUUGUCAUCAUUUUUUGUGUAUAUGGCAUAUUCUUCAUUUAUGAAGUUAAUUCAACAUGCGCAAAUCCUGAUAAAAUUUGUUUGCCUGAAGGAGAUAUGAAGAUUGAGUAUUAAAGUGCAUGUGAUUUAAAUACCAUCUACAUGUUUGUAGCCAUGGAUCCUUUUCUUGAAUAACUUGAAUGCUCUGCUAAAAUUGAGAUAAAUAAUGGUGGAAGUGGCUUUAAAAAAACAUAUAUUUAAAUAGCAGCAUUCAUUAUUUUUGUUAUAAACAUAAUGCUUCCAUUUGCAUAUGAAAUUAUAAUAAGAUACAAAUAAAUUAAAUAUUGGGAUAAAGAACCAGUUAAUCAUGUAACUGAAAACAAAAAGUCAGUUUAUGUAAGACAUUUGCCAUACAAAAUGACAUCCGAAGAAGUUCAAUAAACUAUUUGCAAAGCGAUUGCUAUGAAUACUUUUGAUGAAAUGGCCAAAAAAUCAGUAUUGUUUUAAGCAUAGAAUGUUAUCUAAGAAUUGGUUUAUAUAUAUGAUAUACAUGAAGUAAAUGAGAUGAAUAUAGAAAGAGAAAAUACUCUACUUGAAUUUAUGAUCACUUUGGAAUAAUUGAAAGAGUUAUAGGAAACGGGAAUAAUUACCACUUAUAGUGAAAAAUAAGCCAAGACAUAUUAAACAUUCACACUUGAAAUGCUUGAGAAUCUAUUUAAAUAAUAGUUAAAUGAUAUUGUGUAUAAGACAUAAAAGAUUAAAUCAUAUUUAAAGAAUGGACUACCUUUUACAAACAAAGUUAUCAUUAAAUUUGAAACUAAAGAACAAAGAGAUGCUGCCUAUUUACAUUACAGGAAAAAAUGGUAUUAGAAUGUAAGAAAUUAUAUCUAAAAUAUAGUUAUUAAUCAGAUAUGAAGUAAUGAAAUAAUAAACUAAAUUAAAAGAAUUGCAGAAAAAUUAAGUUGCUGAUACUUCAUCUUAUAUAGAUAGUCGAACUGUCUCAGUUGAUUAGUUUUAAAUACAAGAUUCAGAGGCUGAUAAUCAAAAAGCUAGAAUUAGUUUAUUUAAUUAAAAUACUUACUUGGCUAAAUAGUAGUUCGAUUAUAGUAAUAAAUAUGUAGAAUAAAUACAUUAUUAAAUGGGAGUUAAGAGAGGUUUCUCAAUUAACGGAAUCUUUUGGGAGAAUUUGGGUAUGGAUACUUUUAAAAGAUUAAAAUUUCGUUUAAAAGCCAUAUUCACAGCUGCAAUUGCAAGUUUUUUGUUAAUGGGAAGUUUUGAAUUAAUUUAUUUUUACUAAAAUAAUCCGAAUUAAAAAGAUAAGAAAUCUUCUGGAUCAUUGUCUGCUUGGGAGAAACUAUUUGCAAAUUUCUUGGCUAUUUUAGUAACAUUUCUAUCUAGUUAUACUACAUUAACAAUAUUAGGUUAAAUGGCUAAGAGUAGAAGGAGUACAUUUAUUGAAGUUGAAGAAAGUAUCAUGCAUUUUUUUGUCAUUAUUUAAUACUUUCUAAUUUAAUUUUUCCCCUAUUUUGCAACUUUUGAAAUUUGGGGAGGUAGAAACUAAAUUGUAGCUUGUUAUGAUUUAGUAACAUUAUCCUUACAUAGAAUAAUAUUCAAAUAAGUUUUCCAUACUUUUCACAUAAGACACACUAGAUUUUGGCUUAGAAAAAGAAAAGCAUUGAAGAAUUUUAAUCCAAAAAAUUUUUUUUAAGGAUAAUUAAAUUAAAUUAUGACUCCAGCCUUUAUAUCAUAGAGAGGAAGAUAGUUUAAUAUGUUAUUUAUAUUAACAACAGCUUUAUGCCUAAUAUAUAUAUGUCCAGUGGCAGUACUAUUUUGUCUAGCAUUUACAAUUUAUAUUUAUUUUUGGGAUAAAUAUGCAAUUACUCAUAAUUAUUAAAUUGAUAAAAGAUUUACAAUUAAUUUAUUAAGUCAUUAAAUAAAAUGCUAUUAAAUAGUUGUCUUACCAUUUAGCAUUUAUUUAUUCCUUAGAUUAUUUUGGAGAUUUAGUUGGGUUAUAUAUGGUGCUUUUAGUGCAGGACUUGUUAUGAUUGUUAUUAUUAUCUUCAAAAAGCCAAUUGUGAAAUUCAUUAUUUUUAAAAUAUGUAGAUUGAAAAAGAAAAGACCUUAGGUUGAAUAUCGAGAACAAUCAUUCUUUAAAAGUUAUAACAAAUUCUUUGAAAGUAAAUAAUUAAAAUUUAUAAAAUUAGAUUUAAGAAUAGAAUCCUUAACAGAAAUUUUGGUUAAUUCACUUAGAAUGAACGAAACCGAUUCAACAAAAAAAGAUUGAUC